GAGGGAUUAGCUUAGUCACACAUUUUAUAUAUAAGCCUCAUUUUCCUGAGGCAUGUGAAGGAUUCUCAGUUUGUGUGGAUGAAGCAGUGGAGCGUCUUCAGUCGAACCUCAGAGCAAAGGUCGAAGGAAAGUGAAAUAGCACGAGAGCUACCACAGGAUCUUGGCUUGAUGCAAUGGUUUGAAGAAUUGGUGCUUUUACUGCAACGACAUUUGCUAAAAAAAGAAAUCAGAGAUCAGACAUGACGUGGAUUUAUAUUUUGAUCUUCUUCUUCACCGCAUCAAGGGGCAUGACUCCAGGAACUACUAACUCAAAUAUCAUUGUGAACACAACUACUUCACCUCUGAAAGUUUAUGUUAACAGAAAGGCAGUCUUCAAUCUUGGGAGCGAUGCUAGACUCAUCUGCAGCAACAGGACUCAGACUAAGGCAAUUUUUGUUAUCUGGGACAUUGAACUGAAACACAAAACCUGUAAGAUCUCCUUUAGCAAUGAGGGUCAAAACAUUAACACCUGCAAUGAUGGAAAAUCAAUACAAAACUCAACCGAUCAGUCGUUCCUGCACAUCCCAAACUUUUCAGCCAGUGAUGUUGGAGCUUACAAGUGUGAAUCAGCUUACACAGGAGGAAAUGAAAAUUAUAAGAUUGCAGUGGGUGUCACAGCUCCUCCUGCUGUAUCUGCCUGGUUAGAGCGAAGGGACAAGAAGAUUGUGGCUGUGUGCAGAGCUGAAAGAGGGAAUCCUGCUGCCAACAUCAGCUGGAGUGUCAUAGGAAAUCACUCAGUGACACAGCAGAAUGACCCAGAUGGAUUUGUAACAGUAAAGAGUGAGCUGGAGGUCCCUGAAUACAUUGAUCCAGAAAACUUGACCUGCAUUGUCCAGCACCAGUUUUGGGAGCGGGAGAAGACUUUCAUACCCAAAUUCAGAGGGCUUCAAAUUUUGUGCUUCCUCCCUAUUUUUGGGAUAAUCUUCAUACUCGUGGCAGGUUUUUCUAUCUAUGCACUAAAGAAAGUAAUAUUAUUGAGACAAUGUCAACAGACAGACACAUCAUCCAAAUCACCUCCGCAGACGGAGGAUGUGGAGGAAGUGGAGCCUUAUGCUAGCUAUGUUCAACGUGUGAACUCAAUAUACAACUGAUUUGCAGAUGUGUGUGCAUAAAAUUCCUGUUGAUGCAACACGGUCGCACACUGAAAUGCACAUCUUGGGACUUUGUGAAAAAGCGAGGGCUGUGAAACUGAGAAAUGGCAAAAUAGUAAGAAGAAGAAGUGAGCAAAGUGAGAUCAAAGGUUUCCGGUAAGAGAGGGAAGCCUCUUAGGUUGAAGCCGCCUCAAUAAGCAGCACAGACUGAUGGAACAGGGGAUGUACCUGGUGGCAAACACAGACUCCCAUUCACCACUUGUGCUGCCCACUGCUCUCUGUGAGUAGGUAUCAUGGAGAACUUUAAUAAUUACUACAGAUGUCAUGAACCGAGGAGCUGGAAAGAAUGGCUGUGCGAGCCGGAUGGAGGAUACUUUGACUACUAACGACUUUGGAUGUUGGAUGUAAUUAUGUAAAAUAAAAAUAAUUAUUUAUCAGCUGAGAGGACAAGUAAUAUUUUGGGAGAUUUACUGGGGAAAACCCAGUGAAAGCGGUGAACGUGUGUAUUUUGGAGACACAUUUGCCUUGGUUUACAUGUGUACAAUACUAUAUCAACUAUUAAUUAUAUGUAUUCAUAUGCAAUUCUGUCUGUAUAUUAAAAUAUAUUGAGUCAACUAAUUUGUGUGCAAAACUAAUUAUUUGUGGGUGCAAA